AUGAAGAUCAGAUGGAUAGACGAGCAUGGAGAGGAGCAGAUGUGGAACUCCUGGGAAGAUGCCCUCUGCGGCCGCUUCGGGGCCACAAAGGUUCUUCCGUCCAGCAGUACAGGGAUUCAGGUCCGCUUCCGGUCUCAACCAGGCGGCCGCAAGGUGCACGGAGUCGACAGGAAAAGCCGGUCUGCAUGGACUCGGCGUGGAGAGGAGGUCAUCGAGCUUCGCCCCGAUGCCUGGGACGAGGUCGGCGGCAGAGGAGUAGAUGCCUGGUUCGAGAUCCACGGACCCAUCACGCACUGUCAUGUCUGGCGAGCCUGGAAUUCUUGUAACGAAGGGAGGCCGGACGAGUGGGAGUGGUGGCCGGACUUCCCUGAAGAUCGCCGAGCUCCUCCGCCGGCCACGCUGCAGGCAGCAGACGCUGCUGCACCGUGGCCAGGAAACUGUGAGAUGUCGCCAGCAUCCUCUUCUUCCGAUGAAGCCACCUGCACCAGCGCCGUCACUGGCGCCAUGUCAAGGCUCGUAGCCGCUGCUGCCGUUCUUCUCGCCGUGCGUCGGAAAACUCUGAAGACGCUGGAGGAACUCAACAAGCAAAUUACCAAACAGUGCCUCCAGGUCAACUCGGGAAACACAGCAGCAGCCGGCCUGGCAGUUGCGUCCUUUGGAUCUCUCUUCGUCGCACCACCUUUGGCCAUCGCCUUCGGUGCGGGAAGCGCUGUCACAGGCGUCGGGAGCAGUACACAGGAUGCCGUGGUGGAAGCUGAGAAGGGGAGGAACCUAGCAAAACUCAUGGAGAUCGACCUGAGCGAGCAGCUCGGUUUUGAGUCCGUCGAGUCCGAGCUCCGCUGCGCACUGAGCUCCGCUGCUUCGCACCACCGCUCCUCGCCGCGGCGACAUGCCGGCCGCGCGUUGGCCGUGUACACCCAGACUGCGAACUUGAUGCUCGUUCGGUCGGCCAAGUAUGUCACCCUCACCCAGGCAGGCACGGAAACAAUGCUGAUCGCUGGCCGUGUCCUCGGCGGCUUGGGUGCUGGGCUUGCCGUGGGCGUGGCUGUGCACGGAUGGUCCACCACAAAACCUAUGCAGAAGUUGGUGCAGGAGAAGAUUGCUGAAGUCGAGCGCUCGAUAGAGUACUUGGACGGGGUGCAUCAGCGUAUUUCCGGCGCCCUGCGCUGCCCGUGUUGCGAGGAGCCAUUGGGGCUGGGCGCAACGUCCACGCUGCGACGAUGUCCGCAGUUCCACUGUUUUCACGCUGCGUGCGUCGGGGAGGAUGGCAGUUGUCCGGUGUGUGCGAAAUCCGUGAGUGAUUUGCGGGCUGCUGACCAACUCCCAGCGCUGCUCGGUCUCGUGGGCCUGCGUGACCUCUGCACCCUGACUGUGGAUUCUCUGACGCCACAGAUCCGGAAAGGCGCCGAGCUCGUACAGCGCCUGGGUGGGCGUGUGGACGAAGUCCGGCGGUUGAUCUCCGGAGUACAGAAGGAUGCAGACGACGAGAAGUGUCCGGGCGAGGAGACUCCCACUAGCCGCCAGCGUUGGGAGCAGGCCCUACAUGAGGAUGCCGAGACCCAUGAGGCCUGGCAGGAGUUCCUCGCUUCACGUGACCUCGCCGAGCUGGAGACGGAGGAGCUGGAGGGACUGCUCUCAGGCCGGCGGGGGAUGCCCCUGAAGUAUCGACAUCUGCUUUGGCCGAAGCUUCUGCCCCUCAGCAGUGGCGAUUACGAGGCGCUAACAGAGGCUGAGCUGCCGCAGAAGGUGUUGGAUCAGAUCAAUGCCGAUGUACCGCGCACGAGGCGUGACCUGGUCGCUCCAGAGCGCCGCGAAGCACUGCGCCGGGUGCUGCACGCAACAGCCGCGAAGCGGCCUCACGUCGGCUAUGCCCAGGGCAUGAAUCAGCUUGCUGCAGUGCUGCUGAAGCUUGGAUUCGACGAAGAGACCUGCUGCUGGAUAGUGGAUGCCAUCAUCGAGGAGAUGCCAAAGUGUCGUGUAGACCAUGUAGACCAUGACAUGUCCCAAACAGUGGUUGCUUGCUUUUCUCUAAACCAACUCUUCAACCAGUGGCCCUUCGAAAUCUUAGAUAAUCUUAGCGAGGUGAACAUUUGCUGUUCUUGA